AUGGCUUUAUCCGUGACUUUUAUGCCCAGCACUUUGACUACGAAUGCUGUCUUGUUCGGAUGUGAUCUCAAGAAGCCAGACAUGUACGACGGUCGCAUGACCUUGGCCGAUAUUAUCACCAGUCGACUGAAAAACUCAGAUACCCCGGUAUUUCAUCCAAUGAUGUUACCGACCAUGUUUGCAGAUGUCGAACGAGACAGACAAAUCGAGCUCGUCCGAGAAAAGCUGGAGCAACUAGGACGACGGAUCGAUCGCAUUGCCUUCAUGAAGCCCGCUGUGAAAACUUCAGCGAGCGUCCGUAAUGAGAUGGAAACACUCAACGAUGACGAGAAAGCCAUGUCCAGUCCAUUCGGUGCCCUUCACCUUCAGCAGGGCAUGUCAACUUCGUCUGGUUCAACCACCCUCACUGAGGAUAAGGGUCUCGUUCCACCUUGUACUUUUCCAGACGAAGAAAGUCUUCCGACCGCCAAGCUCUGGCAGCAAAUAAGUCGUCUCAGAGUUGGUCUGAGCAAUUGGAGAAGACAGCUACUCAAAAUGAUUUCUCACGUCGAAGAUCUCAACCGUGUCGAGUUUGCACCUCGUGGUCCUUUCAACAGCACAUACAGAGAAGAGCAAAGACUACAGUUCUUUCUCACAGGAGAGCGGAUCAGAGACAGACUGCAAGAGCUAGUUGAUGAGUAUGAUGAAUACAUCAGAGAAUGUUCACACAUAAUGGAUGGGUUCAGCUUGGCAACUCAGCUUGUAAGUUGA